AUGACUGACGCAAUUCAAAAGUUUUCACCAUUCCAGCUGUUCAUUGAGCUGUCCUUCUUCACGAAGCUUUCUCAAUUGAAGCUAGAUGACUUCAAGUUGGAUACUUCCGAGCAGCAAUUAGUCGGGUUUUACCCCAGCCCCCCAAAUUUAACGCGCUUUAAUGAUCGACCGGUAAUCAAUUUGGAUCAUAAUAGCUUUGACCACAACUACUCUCCAUCUGGAUGUGUCACUGUACCGGGUUUACUUCAUCUAGUGAACACUGUCGAAGAAUUCAAAAAUCUGGAUAAGCAAGCACUUUUGAAAGAAUGGUACAAACUGGACCAUAUUUUUCACCUAUAUUGCUAUGCUGAUCUCAAAAAGUAUAAAUUUUACUAUAUGAUGGCAAUUCCAACUAAGCAAUGUCGAUGGAAAGUUUUGGAGUCUUCGCCAGUUGAAUUGCAGCUUGAGGACAAUUUACAAACCAUCAGUUUCGAGAAAACAUUCUUCAAGAGUGGCGAUGACUUUAUCUAUCUCGACGCUAGCAAUGCCAAUAACCCUUCACUGCUCUUGAUGCGAUGGCUUCCUACGGAAGGAUCUCUGACGGUCGUUGUAUAUCAAUCAAGUGGUAGCAAAAAAUAUACCUUAACGCCAAUUUCCAGUGCCAAUAAUGCAUUUACUGGUUGGGAGAGAUCAAGUACAGGAAAGUUGGCCCCUAAAAUUGCUGACUUGGGGUCACUUAUAGACCCUCACCAGUUAGCUAGCCAGGCGGUUGACUUGAACUUAAAGCUUAUGAAGUGGCGUAUAGCCCCUGAUAUAAAUUUGGACAUUAUACGUCAACAGAGAGUACUACUACUUGGAGCCGGCACUUUAGGGAGUUACGUGGCAAGGGCAUUGAUGGGUUGGGGAGUUCGCCGCAUCACGUUUGUUGAUAAUGGUCGAGUUUCCUAUCUGAAUCCUGUCAGACAACCCUUGUAUGAGUUCAAUGAUUGUCAAGGAAGUGAUGGACAGGGGUCUCCAAAGGCGAAGACUGCAGCAGAAGCGUUGAAGCGAAUAUUUCCUGAUGUUAAAGCUGAGGGUCAUUCCCUUGAGGUGCCUAUGGUUGGCCAUGAGACAUCAAAAGAAAACUAUGACAAAUUGAAAGUGCUCAUUACCAAUAAUGAUGCUAUAUUUCUUUUAAUGGACUCUCGAGAAUCGAGAUGGUUGCCAACGGUAAUGGGCAAAGCGGCCAAUAAGAUCGUAAUCAAUGCUGCGCUAGGCUUUGACCUGUUCCUUGUGAUGCGUCAUGGAACUCCUAACAAUGACCUCGGGUGUUAUUAUUGCAAUGACGUAGUUGCUCCAUCUGAUUCACUCUCUGAUCGUACAUUGGAUCAGAUGUGUACCGUGACACGUCCCGGAAGUGCAAUGCUUGCUCUGGCAUUAGCAGUAGAGCUAUACAUUUCCAUUCUUCAACAUCCACAACGAGGAGAUGCUCUUGUGGAGGAUAUUCGAAUGUUCAGUACACCGCACCAAAUAAGAGGAUUUUUGAACCUGUUCGUACAGCAAAAGUUCCAGUCUCCUGCAUUUCCACAAUGUCUGGCCUGUUCACCGUCAGUACAGCAGCAAUAUCUUCAAAACGAUUGGGAGUUCAUUUCUCGGUGUAUUGCUGAUGCAAACUACUUGGAGCUGGUAAGUGGUUUGAGUGCAGUAAAGCAGGCUGCUGAAGAGGCCAGUAAUAAACUUAUUGAUGAAUUAAAUGAUGCCGAUAUUGAUGAUGAGUGGUUCGACUAA